AUGGCCAUGGACAAGGAUCGUAAUCAACCGCGUCUCCUACCGCAUGGGGAGAAGGUUGCCAAAACCGCAUCAAAUGGCCCGAGAUGGCAGGCUACCAAUGACUCUGGCUCCAGGAAGAUUCUCGAUCCAACUAAGAGGGGGCUUGCAUAUGCUACCUCGGAAGCCGCUCCGAAAUCCAUCCAUCGUCCGUCCGCUCUCAGGAUCCCUGAUCGCUUGCUUAUUCCGCCUUCCUUCCCCCUCCCUCUAACAAAGGUCGGUCUCUGUGCGCGCUCCCUGGCCGUUCCCUGGCCGGGGAUACAUGGUACAUGGUACAUAUGCUACUAG